AUUAACAGCCCGCGGCUCUGCUCUCUCUCAUCGGCACACCAUCGUUCUGCCGCUUGUCAUCUCACUUCGAGCUCUUUGCGUCUCGCUGACCGAGACCGUAGUAAAGUGCCCGUAAUAAAACGACGUCGCCGGACCAUCCUAGUCGCCCUUCGGUGCCCGGGCAGCGCGGAGCGGAAUGUUGCGGUUUUCUGGGGACGGAAACUCCUGACGCAUCGGGAGGGGGGAUUAAAAGGUUCCGGUCCUUCUUGGUUAUCUUCUCUCCGGGCGCCUCGGUGUUUCCCACGCUGUUGUUUAAUUCCUCACAGGACGGCGCGAUUGGCUUGAUUAGCAUCACCAAGCGUAAACUGCUCGAACUUGCUGAUGACCAUGGACCUUAAAGAGGAAGCGGAUCAAAUGGACCUCAACCAGCCGCCUCCGAUAGAAGUCUUUGCCGGCGCUUCCACGCUGCACGGCAUAUCGCACAUCUUCUCCUACGAGCGGGUCUUCUUCAAGCGCUGUCUCUGGGUCGCCUUUUUCCUUGGCUCGCUGACUUUCCUGGUCUGCGUGUGCAUUGACCGCGUGCAGUUCUAUUUCGAGUACCCGCAUGUCACCAAGCUGGACGAGAUAACGACGCCCAUGAUGAACUUCCCCACCGUCACCUUCUGCAACCUCAACUCCUUCCGCUUCAGCCAGGUGACGCGCAACGACCUUUACCACGCCGGGGAGCUGCUGGCGCUGCUGAACCGAAGGUACGAGAUCCGCGACACCCACCUGGUGGAGGAGAGUGUUCUGGAGACGCUGAAGGUCAAAGCCGACUUCCACAACUUCAAGCCCCGCCCCUUCAACAUGCGGGAGUUCUACGACCGCACGGGCCACAGCGUGCGGGACAUGCUGCUCUCCUGCCGUUACCGCGGCAGCGAGUGCAGCCCCGAGGACUUCCGCGUGAUCUUCACUCGCUACGGGAAGUGCUACAGCUUCAACACGGGCCAGGAGGGGCGCCCCCUGCUGGUCACCACAAAGGGCGGCAUGGGGAACGGCCUGGAGCUGAUGCUGGACAUCCAGCAGGACGAGUACCUGCCCGUGUGGGGGGAGACCGAUGAGACGUCGUUCGAGGCGGGGAUUAAGGUGCAGAUCCACAGUCAGGAGGAGCCGCCCUUCAUCGACCAGCUGGGGUUCGGGGUUGCACCUGGGUUCCAGACCUUCGUCUCCUGCCAGGAGCAGCGGCUGGUGUACCUGCCCCCUCCCUGGGGUGACUGUAAGGUGACCCCGAUGGACUCUGAGUUCUUCGACACCUACAGCAUCACAGCCUGUCGCAUCGACUGCGAGACACGCUACCUGGUGGAGAACUGCAACUGCCGCAUGGUGCACAUGCCCGGAGAUGCUCCUCACUGCACCCCAGAGCAGUACAAGGAGUGCGCCGAUCCAGCACUGGACUUCCUGGUGGAGAAAGACAGUGACUUCUGUGUGUGUGAGACGCCGUGUAACGUGACACGCUACGGUAAAGAGCUGUCCUUCGUCAAGAUCCCCAGCAAAGCCUCCGCCAAGUACCUGGCCAAGAAGUUCAACAAGACAGAGCAGUAUAUUGCUGACAAUAUUCUGGUGCUCGACAUUUUCUUUGAGGCCUUGAACUAUGAGACGAUUGAGCAGAAGAAGGCCUAUGAAGUAGCCGGAUUACUGGGUGACAUCGGAGGUCAGAUGGGACUCUUCAUCGGAGCCAGUAUCCUCACCAUCCUCGAGCUGUUCGAUUACCUUUAUGAGGUGAUUAAGUACCAGUUGUGUCGCUGCUCUCAGAAGAAGCACAAAAACACCAACAAUAACGAGCAGGGUGCUGUACUGAACCUGGAGCCUGUGCAGCGUCACACCCCCUGUGAGAAUCUGCACCCCCCUUCCCUGUUCCCUGCGAACAUGCUACCUCAUCAGCCGGUGCAGGGCAACUUUGAGGACUUCACCUGCUGAGAGCCAAUCAGAGCGGAGGAAGGGGGCGGGGACUCUCAGAGAGACUGCGCAGUCAAGAACACCAUAUGAAUAUCUGAAUGACUUUUACACACUGUUUCAACACAAUAAACAAACAAACAAAUAGACUAACUAGCAGCAGCCACAGCUAAGGCAAGGGAAAGUCUUGUUCUGUUGUUGGACUGUUACACACACUGUCUGAGUGAUUACAGUCACUCCCUGAAGGAGGAACGCUGUCAGGACUUUGGACUGAAGCUGUGUACCCAGAGCUGGGCGAGUGUGGCCCCCACAGACCCCACACGCCGGAUCCGCUGUGGACCAUCCACUCCAACACCACCGAGACGCUGAGCUGCUCUGGCCCUGUCUCUCAGGAGGGCUCAAGCCCCUUCAGGUCAAACCCAGCUGCACCUGCCAGGCUGCAGCAGGACGGCAGGGACCCUUCCUCUCGGCCCGGUUAAAAUGGCGGCUGGGUUGUAUCUGCUUAAAGUCUCCAGGUUUCACCAUAAAAAGCAUGCUUGUCUUUGUCCUUUUGUGUUUUUCUAUUGCUAUAUUUAUCUCAUUUAUGUACAGGGUGAAAUACAAUGAGUGUGUGAUCGAGUGUUCGAGAGCAUGAGACUAUGUUUGUAUCUGUCUGUACAGUACAUAAGGGUGUGUGCAUGCAUUGUGUGUGUGUGUGUGUGUGUGUGUGUGUGUGUAAGUGUGUGUAACUGUGAGAUUGUAUGCAUGUGAGACCGUAUGCUUACUUCAAGUGUGUGAGAGUGUGGCAGUGCGUAUGUAUAUCUGUGUGUGUGUGUGUGUGUGUGAAAUAAUGCUCCCCAUUCUGAGACAUGAUUUCAGGUAGUAAGAGUAAGACUAGUGUAUAUCUUGUAUUCAUUGGAAAGGAUCUGAUUUGGAUUAAACUUGAGUAGAAGAAAAAAACGAAAACAGAAUUCAAUUCAAGUAAAUUUCAAUUUCAGGACAGAAAUGUAUGAAUAUGUUUGUUCAGAUGAAAUGGGUGAUUUGUUAACUCUUCACAUAAGAUGGAGCCCCAGUAUGAACCUGUGAAGUAUGAAGACUGCUGAGUUCAGUUACGAGAGAGCAGCCUGUGGGAACGUCCGUUACUUCAAACCAGUCCAACACAGGUCACAGUUGCAGUUAAUGCUUUUUUGCGAGAUACACAAUGAUUGCCUAAUUUUGCGAUGUUUGUUAUUGAACAGUCUUUUUGCACAUUUUGCAUUUUGGUUGUGGAGGGGUUGGGAUUCGUGUUAUUUUAAAAUGAUGUUUUAAUCACAAUGACGGUUCAUUACUCCCUGGACAGAAUGCGUCCCUCUCACAGGAGCUGAUGUGAUGUACUUGAAAAAUAUCAUAUCAAAGCACAAGAGUACAACCAUGCAUAUGUAAAUACGUUUUAUAUAUAUAUAUAGUAUAUAUACAUAUAUAUGUAUAUACUGUAUGUGUGUGAGUGUAUAUAUACACAAAUAUUACAAAGACUAUGAAUAUUAUUAUUCUGACAGCUGUUAUGUUCAUUACUGUUAAUAUUGUAAUAACUUGCUUCUGUGUGUUUUUGUUUUUCUAAGAGAGAUUAAACUGAUAUGUGAUAGUUCAGCCUCUGUUUUCAGACAAUAGGCUGUUCUACUGAUACAAUAUACUCUAUAUUAAAAUAUAUAAAACAUUA